AUGGACGAAGUGACUUACUCCGCCCAGAUGGCUAUUGCAUAUGAUAAAGCUUGUCAAUGGGAUGCCGCCAUUUGCUUUUAUGUUGAUGCUGCUGAUUCAAUGCUGGAACUGAUACGGCAAGGAAAAAUUUCUUCUUCGUACAAACAGAGAGCAGAAGAAUAUGUGAAACGUGCUGAAAUAAUCAGAUCACAAAGUGCAUCAAAGAAAUCAAGCAAUAUUAAAAGCCAACAGCAGCUUAAUCUUGAACGAGCCGAGUUUUUGUUGUAUCAGGCAUUGGAUCAGGAUGAAGCGGGGAAUGUCGGCGAAGCUAUCAUAUUGUAUUCUCAAGCCAUUGAGCUUUGUAUCAAUACUUCGAGCACAUCUUGUGAUACUACCAUGACUGAAAAAUUACGUCAAUUGGCUAAGAAGGCUUUGGAUCGGGCAGAAAUCCUGAAAGCUCAAAAGAAACUAAGAGAAAGUCCUACCUUAGAUUUACCCGAACCGCCUGUGGAUGAAAUAUCUGAUUUGAAUAUAAACACGAACUUUGAGCAGUCGGCUGCUAAGCCUAAUAGUAGUAAAACAACGUUGGCCAUUAGACGGAAAACUGGGAAUGAUGAUAAUGAUCGCCUUACUAAAUCUGAAUUAACAGUAUUGGCUACAACAUCAAAUGUUAAUGGAAGACAGUAUGUCCCUUUUUUGGCUGUCGAUUUAAAGGAACGCUUUGCUUAUCCGGUACCAUUUACUGAUAAACAUGGUUUGUUGGCUUUGUCUGAUAAACAAGCAAAACGAUUGAAAAGUUGGAUGCGUCCAGAUGAAUUCAUGCAGUCCCCGAAAGUAAUUGAUCGAAUCGAUAGCGGUACUAUUAAACAGUCAAUUGUGUCCGAUUGCUCUUUCGUAGCUUCACUAGCCAUAUCAGCUCGGUAUGAAAGCCGUUUUAAGAAACCAUUAGUGACAAGUAUAAUAUAUCCUCAGAAUAAGUCUGGCAUGCCAUUGUAUAACCCUUGUGGGAAAUAUAUGAUCAAAAUGCAUUUCAAUGGUGUUUGGAGAAAGGUAAAGGUUUUGCUCAGUAGUUUUUACUUUAAUUCAUAUUUUCCGGUCGUAAUCGAUGAUCGAUUUCCCAUUGGUGAAUACGGUGAUUUCCUAUGUUCAUAUAGUCAACAAAAAAAUGAGUUAUGGGUUUCUUUACUUGAAAAGGCUUACAUGAAGGUGAUGGGUGGAUACGAUUUUCCGGGCUCAAAUUCGAGCAUUGAUAUGCAUGCAUUAACAGGUUGGAUACCUGAGAGAAUAAGUAUUAAAAAAGAUUGGUCUACUAACGAUGCUGACGCUGUGUUCGGAAAGCUUUUUACAAGGUAUCACCAGGGCCAUUGUUUGAUUACACUGGCAACUGGUAAAAUGGAUCAACUGACGAUUGAUCGAACUGGCUUGGUUGAUGCUCACGCAUAUGCCGUAUUAGAUUUGAGAAAAAUUGAAGAUAAAAAGUUGUUGAUGCUGAAAAAUCCUUGGACACAUUUGCGCUGGAAAGGACGCUAUUCUGAGAAGGAUAAGCUCAGCUGGACACCCCAACUUUGCAAAGCGUUGGAUUACAAUCCUGCCGACGCCCAGCAAUUCGAUGAUGGUGUGUUUUGGAUCGAUUUUAAAUCAGUAUGUCAUUUUUUCGAUGUAUUUUACGUGAAUUGGGAUCCCUCGAUAUUUCCAUACACAUAUGGCUUACAUGCGAUGUGGUCAGCAGGUUUGGGACCAGUGAAAGAUUUGUACAGUAUAGCAGACAAUCCUCAGUACACACUGGAAGUAAAUAGUAAUGGUUCAGUCGCAAUAUGGAUUUUGCUCACACGUCAUAUAACAGACAAAAAUGAUUUUGCUAACAACAAAGAAUAUAUCACAGUAAUGGUCUACAAAUCAGGGAAGAAAAUUUACAUACCAUCUGAUCCAAAACCAAUAAUGGAUGCAGUGCGAUUGAAUAGCCCUCACUAUUUAUGUCAAAUGAUUAUCUCUGAAUGUGGUUAUCAAAAAUAUACCCUAGUUGUUGCUCAGUAUGAAAAGAUGAAGACAAUAUAUUAUACGUUACGAGUAUAUUCGACAGCUGAAUUUCGCUUACAGAAAGUGAAAGUGCCAUAUAUUUCGAAGAGAAGGGCAACUGGCGAAUGGAAAGGAAAAACGGCUGGUGGUUGUGGUAACGGCCCAAGUCGGGACACUUAUAUGAACAACCCAAUAUACGAAUUGAGUUUGGAUGAUGGUAGCGAUGAUAACGAUGUACUUAUCGAAUUGAAGGGUCCGAAACAAUACAGUAUCGGUUUUGAAAUUAAGCAGUUUUCCUCGUUGAGAAAUAAACUAUUUGAAGCUCGCAGUUCAGGACCAUUCAGACCGGGAUAUACCGUACUUGCUCUAGAAGAAGUACCGGCUGGUGUCUACAACAUUCAAACAAUGACUUUCCAACAAGGCGAAGAAGGACCUUUUUUCUUAACGAUUGAGGCAUCAUGUUCGUUUACAAUCAAACGGAUACAGUAG